AUGAUAAUGUCACACCGUGACAUUAUUAUUAGUCACCCGAGGCGGCCUUCAGGUGCCUUAGGACACAGUACCCACAGUGAGAGUGUGGGGUCACACAGUACCCACAGUGAGAGUGUGGGGUCACACAGUACCCACAGUGAGAGUGUGGGGUCACACAGUACCCACAGUGAGAGUGUGGGGUCACACAGUACCCACAGUGAGAGUGUGGGGUCACACAGUACCCACAGUGAGUGUGGGGGGUCACACAGUACCCAGUGUGGGGUCACACAGUACCCAGUGUGGGGUCACACAGUACCCAGUGUGGGGUCACACAGUACCCACAGUGAGUGUGAGGGGUCACACAGUACCCACAGUGAGAGUGUGGGGUCACACAGUACCCACAGUGAGAGUGUGGGGUCACACAGUACCCACAGUGAGUGUGAGGGGUCACACAGUACCCACAGUGAGAGUGUGGGGUCACACAGUACCCACAGUGAGUGUGAGGGGUCACACAGUACCCACAGUGAGAGUGUGGGGUCACACAGUACCCACAGUGAGAGUGUGGGGUCACACAGUACCCACAGUGAGAGUGUGGGGUCACACAGUACCCACAGUGAGAGUGUGGGGUCACACAGUACCCACAGUGAGAGUGUGGGGUCACACAGUACCCACAGUGAGAGUGUGGGGUCACACAGUACCCAGUGUGGGGGGUCACACAGUACCCAGUGUGGGGUCACACAGUACCCAGUGUGGGGUCACACAGUACCCAGUGUGGGGUCACACAGUACCCAGUGUGGGGUCACACAGUACCCACAGUGA